CAACCUGUCUGCCUGCCUAGCAUACCCUGUCUGUCCCGCACCGAUCCCCCGCACGCAUUCGCAUCCGGCAUCCGCCACACCUCCUCCUCCUUUCUCUCCCCCCCCCCCGUUAAACCCCACGCCACCGCCCACCGCCGACGCGCGAUGGCCGCCGCCGCCAUGCGGGUGGUGCGGGACCUGGACCUGGAGCGGUACGCGGGGCGGUGGUACGAGAUCGCGUGCUUCCCGUCCACGUUCCAGCCCAAGACGGGCACCAACACGCGCGCCACCUACACGCUCAACCCCGACGACGGCACCGUGAAGGUGCUCAACGAGACGUGGACCGACGGCGGCGGGCGCCGCGGCCACAUCGAGGGCACGGCCUGGCGCGCCGACCCGGCCAGCGACGAGGCCAAGCUCAAGGUCCGCUUCUACGUGCCGCCUUUCCUCCCCGUCUUCCCCGUCACCGGCGACUACUGGGUGCUCCACGUCGACGCCGACUACCAGUACGCGCUCGUCGGACAGCCCUCCAGGAAGUACCUCUGGGUGCGUGCGUGCGUGCUAAUUCAUUCCUCUCUGACCUCUCCGUUCAGCAGAAACCAUCCUUUGCAGGCAGCCUCAGAUGGACGAGUCCGUGUACAACGAGCUGGUGGAGCGUGCCAAGGAGGAAGGGUACGACGUGUCCAAGCUCCGCAAGACGGCGCACCCUGACCCGCCGCCGGAGAGCGAGCAGAGCCCCGGGGACCGCGGGGUGUGGUGGAUCAAGUCCAUCUUUGGCAAGUAGCCAUGUACUGGGUGAGCGGGUGCUGGUGCCGCCGGCGGCUGUGCCGAGCAGGCGAGCACACACAAGAGAGAGAUGGCUGUCACGGUCGGUGUCCGUCGGUGUCCAGGGCUCCGCUUCCACCCGCGUGUACAUUCAGCAGUUCAGCACUAGUUGGCGGCGUCAAGUUCGUUCUUCGCUGUUGCUGCCGCGAUCUGUAAAAUGGCGAAAAUGCUUUGUGUAGUUGGUGUUUCUUGCCCGUCUGUAUCGAACUUUGAGUGAAGAAUUUGCAGCAGCAUAUGUGGACUUGUGGUGAUCGAUGUGCUGAA